AUGUCAGGCGCCAUGAAGUUCAACGGGUACAUGAAGGUGCGCAUUGGCGAGGCUGUGGGGCUCCAGCCAACCCGCUGGUCCCUACGGCACUCGCUUUUCAAGAAAGGCCACCAGCUGCUGGACCCCUACAUCACGCUGAGCGUGGACCAGGUGCGCGUGGGCCAGACCAGCACCAAGCAGAAGACCAACAAGCCCACCUACAACGAGGAGUUCUCUGCCGCUGUCACCGACGGGAGCCAGCUGGAGCUGGCCGUCUUCCACGGCACCCCCAUCGGCUACGAUGACUUCGUGGCCAAUUGCACUGUCCGCUUCCACGACCUGCUCCACGGCCCCGGGUCAUCCGACAGCUUCGAAGGCUGGGUGGAUCUGGAACCAGAAGGGAAAGUGUUUGUAGCAAUUACUCUCUCAGGCAGCUUCACUGAAGGAACUCUCCAGAGGGACAGAAUUUUCAAAAACUUCACCCGCAAGCGCCAACGGGCCAUGCGCCGGCGAGUCCACCAGGUCAACGGGCACAAGUUUAUGGCCACCUAUUUGCGGCAACCCACGUACUGCUCGCACUGCCGGGAAUUUAUCUGGGGUGUAUUUGGGAAGCAGGGAUACCAGUGCCAAGUUUGCACGUGCGUGGUGCACAAGCGUUGCCACCAUCUCAUUGUUACAGCGUGCACGUGCCAGAACAAUACUAGCAAGCCGGACAUGAAGAUUUCUGAGCAGAGGUUUGGAAUCAACAUCCCACACAAGUUCAGAAUCCACAAUUACAAAGUGCCCACGUUCUGCGACCACUGCGGCUCCUUGCUUUGGGGCAUCAUGCGGCAAGGCCUUCAGUGUAAAAUGUGUAAAAUUAACGUACAUAUACGCUGUGAAGCCAACGUAGCACCCAACUGUGGGGUGAAUGCAGCGGAACUGGCCAAGACGUUGGCAUGUAUGGGGCUGCAACCGGGAAAUAUUUCUCCAAAUGGGAAAUUGGUCUCAAGGUCAACACUGAGGCGCCAGAAAAAAGACAGCGCCAAAGAUGGCACCAGUGUGGCUAACGUCUCGGCAAGCAGGCUCAAGAUUGAGGAUUUAAUAUUCAUCCGGGUUCUGGGAAAGGGCAGUUUUGGAAAGGUGAUGCUGGCGAAAACCAAAGAGACGGGCUAUCUCUAUGCCAUCAAAGUGCUGAAGAAAGACGUGAUUCUGCAAGAUGACGACGUGGAAUGCACCCUGACGGAGAAGCGGAUCCUGGCCCUGGCAAGGAACCAUCCCUUUCUCACACAGCUCUUCUGCUGCUUUCAGACCCCUGAUCGCCUCUUCUUCGUCAUGGAGUUUGUGAAUGGAGGCGACUUGAUGUUCCACAUCCAGAAAUCCCGUCGUUUCGAUGAAGCCCGGGCCCGAUUCUACGCUGCAGAAAUCAUCUCGGCCCUCAUGUUCCUCCACGAGAAAGGCAUCAUUUACAGGGAUCUGAAACUGGAUAACGUGUUACUGGAUCACGAGGGCCAUUGCAAGCUGGCCGACUUUGGGAUGUGCAAAGAAGGAAUCCAUGAUGGGAUUACCACGGCAACCUUCUGUGGAACGCCUGACUAUAUCGCCCCAGAGAUUUUGCAGGAGAUGCUGUACGGUCCUGAUGUUGACUGGUGGGCGAUGGGCGUGCUCCUCUAUGAGAUGCUCUGUGGCCACGCCCCCUUUGAGGCCGAAAACGAGGACGACCUCUUUGAGGCCAUUCUCAACGAUGAAAUCGCCUACCCAACUUGGCUCCCGGAAGACGCAGUGACAAUCCUGAAAGCGUUCAUGACAAAGAACCCCAAAAUGCGCCUAGGCAGUAGUUCCUUAGGUGGCGAGAGAGCGAUCCUUUUGCACCCGUAUUUUAAGGACUUGGACUGGGACUUACUGAACCAGCGCCAAAUUGAGCCACCAUUCCGACCUCGAAUUAAAUCAAAAGAGGAUGUGAGCAACUUUGAUCCUGAAUUCUUAAAGGAAGAGCCUAUCUUAACCCCCAUCGAAGACGGAAUUCUUUCCAUGAUCAACCAAGAGGAAUUUAGAAACUUUUCUUAUACAGACCCAGAAUUAGAGUCUUAGCCACAUCUGGGAGUGCUGACUGGCCACUCCAACCGACGAGGAAGGUUGCCUGGAACAUGUGUUUGGCUGGAACAUCCAGGCAGGCCACUUUCUAUUAUGCAUCA